CUUGCAGUGAAAUUCUAUUGCAAACGUCAACGCAGAAGCCAAUUUCCCAACCCAAUGACGUCACCGGCUGGUCGAGAUGAAAGACAACUGAGAAGUAAUAACGCAAAUGGUUGUGUAGAGAUGCAUAUAGCCGUGCAAAUGUGUCUAGAAUGGAGACAGUCGUUCGACUUACUCGACAAAGACGGUGACGGUAAACUCUCAUCGAUAGAACUCGACAGUCUCUUCGCAUCAAUCGGUCACAAAGUGUCGAAUGAACAACUGCAAGAGAUGGUAGCAAGCGUCGAUCUAGACAGAGAUGGGCAAAUCAACUUCGAUGAGUUCUGUGUCAUGAUGGCUAGUGGGUUUGAAAAUAAAGAACAAAUUGAUGAGAUUACAAAAGCAUUCCAAGCAUUCGAUAGCAACGGGGACGGCUACAUCACUCGCGAAGAGUUGAGAGACGCCAUGCAGAGUAUAGGAGACAUACUGAGUGAUGAAGAACUGGAAGCGAUGAUGAGGAAAGCAGACUUGAACAACGAUGGAAGAGUUGAUUUUGCAGAGUUUGUGCAAAUGAUGAAGCAAUAGUGAGAUGUGAGCUGAAAUCAAGAAGAAGCAAUUGUGAAACGUACUCUUUAUUUUUACUUCCAGCUCCAGUAAUGAAACAAGUAUGUAGUUUACCUGCAUGCAUGUAGUACGAUUUCCCAUAUAUUUACAAUAUCCCAUAUAUUAUAGUGUACCAUUAUCUGGUCGUUUUAGAUAUAAUUUCUGUGUGAGU